AACACAAACUUUUAAGGUAAACAAGUCGUUUACACUUUAAACUUUUCCAAAAAAUUUACAGUUGAAAAUUAAAUAUGUGUUACUGCCCCGAGGAUUGUUUCGACGACUGCUGUUGCUCGCUAUGGAGCAAGGCGUACUUCUUCAGCAUAUGGACUCUCAUACAUGGAAUCAUUUUUACAAUAGCAAUGCUUGGUUGGAUAGCAUAUUUGUAUGCUGCUGAUAUUUUUCUUUGGAUCGGCGUUGGCCUCUUAAUAAUUGCCCUCGUGCACUUAAUUGCUGGAAUACUCUUGUUAGUGGGCUUUUUGAAGAACAAACGUACCAUGUUUUUGGUUGGCAUAAUUUUAAGCUCCAUAUUACCAUUUGUGUUUGUGGGAUUAAUUUACCUACCAGUUAUACAAGUCAUCUUCAUCAUAAUAGCAUGCAGAUAUUAUAAAAUGAAAAUGUAAAGAAGCAAUAAAGAACACCAAUCCGAUUGCCGAUUGCGAGAAGCUGACAAGAGGUCAAAUGUUCACGUUUAGAUUUUGAUUGUGGACUAUUUAAAUGUGAAAAACAAGAAAAAAUAUUGAAAAAAG